CAGCAGCCGUUCUGUUCGCUAGGGCCCGGCCCGAGCCGGCCGUCGCGAUGCCGCUCCGGUCGCGACAGCUGCGCACCUACUCGCGGCGCGGAGGGUACCUCCGCCUGCUGCCGCCUCCCGACCAGUGGGUUUCGCCGCCUCCGGACCGUAAACGGUUCUUCAGCUCCACCUCGGAUAGUUCCAGCACUGCCUCAGCCGGUUCCAGCGUCUUCUCGGCCGCCUCGGACGACCCCGACUUCUCGCCGCCCCGAAAGCACCACCGCAAGGCACUGCGUAAGGUCCCAGACCACUCCAUGCGCCUGCGAACUCGCCGCCGCGGCGGCGGCGGCGGCACAACGGACAAGGAGAACCGCCCGCCAGGGCCGGCGACCGCUGCCUGCCGCUCUCCGCUUCUCUUCCCCUCCCCGUGCCGCGCCGACCGCCGCCUCCAGAGGCCGCCCUGCGGGGCGCGGCGCCCCCUGCUGUGCAGCACCCCGCAGUGCUCGCCCGCUGUCCGCCGCUGCCGCUCAGCCAAGCUCGGCUCCGUGGUUCUGCUCAGCACCACCGCGGAGAGCGGCUCGGGGCUGGACUGCAGCCUGGAGCUCUUCUCCCCGCAGUGCGGAGCCCAGAGCUCGCUGGAGCCACCUCGCGGAGACGCGGAGAAGCUGUCGCCGCUGCCGGAGGCCGACAGCGCCAGGAAGCGGGAGACUGGACCUGCCCGGCCGGAAAGCAAAGGAAGGAACCGUAAGACCAGCCCGGUGUUACAAAAAUCCGACAGGGUUCUGAGGUCAUCGGUGAAGGGAUGCUGCCAGGGGCGACCUCCCUUGUCCCCACAGGAAGGCACAACCGGUGCUCAAGCAGAGCCAGCUCCCUCUCAGGUUAUCAGGGAGCCACAGCACUCAACUCAGCAUAAGAGUACCACUUCUGAUGAACCCUAUGAGGAUCCAAAGAGACAUCCAACUCCAGGAAGCGUCAUCUGUCAGCGAGGCCAAAUCGAUAACUUGCAUAUGCCAGUGGUGGUCUUGGACCCUCAAGACGUGCCAGCAUGGCUGUCGAGCAUGAAACUGCAUGAAAAGGCAGCUGUUCAACCUGCCUGCCAGCAGCCAGGAUCUCCUUUGGGCCUUCAAGGAAUCAUGGAGAACAGUUGUGGAGGUGCCAAAGUUGUUCCUGGAGGAGGAAGUACCUGUAGGAAAGCUUGCAUCAGUGGCUUCAGUGCCAAACGCUGGGGAAGGGAGAAAAUAAGGCUCCGACCAACAAGGAGGAAAAACAAGAGACAGCAGCAGCCAAGUGACUCCUUUUUGAGCUCACAAAUGAGGCAAAAAGGAACGAAGAAAAGCGCUCUGGAGUUGUCUGUAGAGAUGAAUGACAAUUCACUCCUUUAUAGUUCUUACUCCUGGCGUAAGAUUCGAGCAUCUUUGUCCUUUCAUAAGAAGAAGAAAGUUAACAUGGAAGAGAUUUCCUACAACAGCGUCCCUGGUACCCCUGUUGUGAAAUCCCGGUUUGCAGAGCACCAAGCAAACCUAUCUGCUGGUACAACUCAAUGCUCAGUUUGGUCUGCUUCCUCCAUGGUACUGCUGGCUCCUGCAAAUUACUGUUCUGACCUGGAGCUAAUGCUUACAGAUGCAGAGAAGGUGUUUGGGGAGUGCCACCAGGAGGGGCCUAUCACUUUUGAGGAAUGCAUUCCUUUAGAUAAGAUGAAAAAUUGCAAGAAAAUUGGAGAAGGGGUGUUUGGAGAGGUCUUUCACAUUGAGAGUGAAAGAGGACCUGCAGCCUUAAAAAUAAUUCCCAUUGAGGGGACUGAGAAAGUGAAUGGUGAAGCUCAGAAGAGCUUUGGAGAGAUUCUGCCUGAGAUAAUAAUUUCCAAAGAACUCAGCCUUUUGUCUGAGGAGUCUGUAAAUAGGACUUUGGGGUUCAUCAGCUUGUACUCUGUGCACUGUGUCCAAGGGGCUUAUCCUAAGUAUCUCCUGGAAGCCUGGGACAAAUACCACAAAGUAACAGGAUCAGAAAAUGAUCGGCCAGACUUUUUUGGGGGUGAGCAGCUCUUCAUGGUUCUGGAGUUUGAAUUUGGAGGCAGUGACUUGGAGCAUAUGAGAAAGAAUCUCAGCUCGAUGCUUACAGCAAAAAGCAUUUUGCACCAGGUCACUGCUUCCCUGGCUGUGGCAGAACAGGAGCUGCGUUUUGAGCACAGAGACUUGCACUGGGGGAAUGUGCUGGUAAAGAAAACAGAUGCCAAGGAGGUUAGUUAUGUGUUGAAUGGGGCAACGUGCACAAUCCCCACAGCAGGGGUCCACGUCAACAUCAUAGAUUAUACCUUGUCCCGGCUGGAGAAGGAUGGGCUAACUGUGUUCUGUGACCUUGCCACUGAAGAAGAACUGUUUCAAGGCACAGGGGACUACCAGUUUGAGAUCUACAGGCAAAUGAAAGCAGAAAACUCCAACUGCUGGGCUGACUACCACCCACACAGCAAUGUCCUCUGGCUGCACUACUUGUCAGGUAAAUUUUUGAAAGACAUGUACUACAAGAAAAAGACAGCAACUCUUUCCAUGAAGAAAUUAAAGAAGCAGCUCCUUCAGUUCCACAGAGAACUCCUGACCUUUGAGUCUGCCACUGAUGUUUUACAGAGCAGCAGUUUCUUCCAGUGAGCAAGGGAGCACAAUGUCUCCAAGAACAAAGUCACUGACACUGCCUUUCUCCUUUGCUGUUUUUUAUGUAUGAUCUUAAUAAACACUGGCACAAGGAAAAAGAGUUGUUGGUUACCAAGGUGUAGGAUAUGCUAUGGGAAGUGUCUAGAUACAUGAAAAAUGGAGCCUUCUGUUUUAAGUUCUUUACAGGUGAUGUGGGGAAAGAGAACAGAGUUGGUGUUUGAGGGGAAAAAAAAAAACCUUGGGCUCAAUAAAUAAGCUCUUAACCUUU